CGGACUGUCGGUGGAAGAACACAGAACACUUCAAGGGCUCUCAGUGCUCGCAUAUCACGUCCUUCUUACUCCUGUAUUUUUUCACCUCCUGUUAUACCCUAUCAAAGCAUCGGCAUGUCUCUUGCAGUGGCAAUUAUGUUGUUUUGCGCUGUCGGCGCCUGGGCUGAAGAUUUGGCUGCUGAAGAGCAGUACAGACCAGCCUACAAGCCAGAGUACCCCUCUUACCAACCGGCAUAUCCGUCGUACCCGUCGUACAGCAAACCAGCCUACCCAUCGUACCCAUCAUACCCAUCGUACCCCGCUUACCCCAAGUACUGCGACCCAAAAGCCGCACCCAAAUGCGCUGAAAACGCGACGGUCGGUUGGUGUUUGACCGACGAGGAAUACCCCACCUACGAAGUCAAGUACGCCAUCGACUACGAUCCUUUAGUGUUGAAGAAAUACGCCGACGUGGCCGACCAGUCAGCCAACGAUUUGGUGGAUGGCGUCAGCAAGGAACAAGAGGAGAAAUUCGAUUAUUCUUUCUACAACGGCAAGCAGUUCGACCAGGGCAACUGGGUCGGUGGUGAGGGUUUCAUCUGCCCCAGCGAGGUGGCCUACUCGCGUCCCCUGCGCGCCAAGAACACGGCCGGUGAGUGGCGCGUCAUCGUCCAGGACAUCGCCUGGCCGACUUACACCCAGACCCAGCGGACCGAGACUUGCUUGUUCCCCGAAGCCGCUUGCCGCACCUUGGCCCCUUGCCACUUGAGCAAGUGCCUCCAGAAGCACACCGUCCACCGCAUGCUCUCCUUCGACCCGUGCGAUGCUUACAAGGGCAUCUUCAUCGACACCUACAAGUUGCCAUCGGCUUGCUCCUGCCACAUCCCAGCCGUCAAGGCCUAAAUUCCAUUCAACCCCCCCAACAAGAUCGGACCCCACCUCCCAAACGACCUCCAGGUAAUACCAGAAACGACAAAAUUAACGAGAGGGACUGCUUCAAAUAAAAACGGUACCGCCAACCGUCCAAAAAUCCUCUCCUCCACAGGGAUCGUUUUCGGUAUUCUCUGGACUUGUCUUUUAUCCAGUCCUCCGAGCCUAUCCUUUCACUCCUUUUUCUUUUCUCUCUUCCCAUUUGUCGUCGUGAUUGCGAGCCACUGAGAGUUCUUGUCAAACAAAAUACAAAAGUAUUUAUGAACGAAA